AUGAGCCUCCGUCUACCUCUUUGGGGAGGCAAAUUCGCCACCAUCAUCAGCGCCUACGCUCCGAUGGAGACGAACCCCGACGCCGUCAGAGACAAAUUCUACAAGUGCCUGCACGCCUUCUUGGCGACUGUGUCGAAGGCGGACAAGUUGAUUGUCCUUGGCGACUUCAAUGCCCGCGUCGGCACAGGCCAUACUGCCUGGAAAGGAGUGCUGGGUCCCCACGGUCUCCGCGGCUCAAACGACAAUGGUCUGCUGCUUCUCCGCACCUGCGCAGAACACCGCCUAAUCCUGACGAACACCUUCAUCUGUCUGCCGGAGCGAGAGAAGGCCACCUGGAGGCAUCCUCGGUCGCGCCAGUGGCACCUGCUGGACUAUGUCCUCGUCCGGAGGCGAGAUCAGCGGGACGUGCUGGUGACGAAGGCGAUCGCGGGCGCUGACGGGUGGACCGACCAUCGCCUCGUCAUCUCGAAGAUGCGUAUUCACCUACAGCCUCGCAGGAGACCACAAAGUAUGCGAUCCCCAGGUAAGCUGAAUGUUGCCUUGUUGUCUUUGCCCGCUCACCAUCUUCAUCUCAGCAAUGAGCUGGCUCAAAGGCUGGACAACUUUCCUAUCGCCGCCGACGCCGCCGCUGCCGAGAACGCCUCCGUGGAGAACCGCUGGUGUCAACUGCGUGACACAGUCCAGUCGACGGCGCUCGCCGUCCUCGGUCGCGCUCCCCGUCAACACCAGGACUGGUUCGACGACAACGACGCCGCCAUCAGAAAUCUGCUCGCUGAGAAGAACCGCCUACACAAAGCCUACGUAGAUCACCCCCCAGAGGACAAAAAAGCUGCCUUCUACCGCAGUCGCCGCCGCCUUUAG